UUUACUAGCGCGUAUCGAAUCAGUAAUUUUUCACGUUAAAUCAAGUAGGUUAUCUCUUUAUUACCACCAUUGCUCCCCACCAACAUCAAUGUGGAUUGUAACACGUAAGGGUGAUCUGGAAGACAUAAUUAAUCUAGAACCUGAUCAAGAUUAUAUACUAGGAAGAGUGGAAAAUGCCGAUUUCUUAUUCAAUAAUAGUUCAGUUUCACGACAACAAUUACAAUUGGUAGUGGGAUCAAUCGAUGAAGAUAAAAUCAAUGACACAGAAUAUAAAACUUCACUCCUGAUAAAAGUGCUUUCAAGGGCCAAAUCAACUAUAAAUGGUACUAUGUAUAGAUUAUCCAAGGGAGAGACUGGACCAAUGGUUGUGGAUGUUACCAAUGAAGAUAAAGUUGAGUUAGUACUAGGAUCAGAUACCGAUAAUAUCAUCACUAUCGAAUGGGUUGCUUUCAAUGUGAUGACAUUCAUCAAGACUGUGGUGGAGACUGAGGGUAAACAAUCUAAUAAUCAUCAUCUUGAUGAUCUUGUUCAAUUACGGUCCAUUGGCAUUGAUUUAAGAAUCACAAAUGAUGUAUAUAAAGCUACUCAUUAUUAUAGUAGAGGUGAACCAACUAAUAAGUCCUUUAAAAUAGCAGUCCUGAGAGGAGUACCCAUUUUAAAUGAAAAGUGGUUAGAUACCAUACGACGGAAUAAAAAUAAUGUUGAGAAAUGGUUUCUUCAUAUUGAUUAUGAGAAGUAUUUACCUGGAGGUGAAUACUUAUUACCAAACCCUGAACGAAGUAGUUUGUUAAAGGGUAUAACCGUGUUUAUUCUUUCGAAAGGAAAUGAAAAAUUCAGUUACUUUAUUAAUUCAUUACAGGGAAAUAUAAUACAAUUACAACUUGAUACAUACUACCAAAAUAAUAAACUAAAUGAAGAGUUAUUAAUUCAAGAUAUGAAAGAAAAAUCACCACCAAAUUCGAAAUGUGUCCUUAUGAAAUUCAAUGGUCAUGGAGAUGCAGUGUUGGCAGAUCAGGUGAAUAAUUCAUUGGAGGGUAUAGCAACUAAGUUUAAUACAAGUACGGCUAGUGAAGAUAGUAUAUGGACUUCUACAAAAGUUUGCAGUUUAGAUAAUCUUAGAUUAUUUGAAGUAGAAAGCUUGAAACGUCCUAAUGAAGCAAUAGUUUCACAAUCUGAACCUCUGUUGCGAAAGAGGAGGAAAUAUGAGAAAGUAAGUAAGACUCAUUUCUUCGACUUUGGAGCUUGUACUCAAUCCCAAUCCAAUAAUGAAAUACUCAUUGCAUCUUCCCAAGUGGUGCCUGAAAGUAAUGACGAUGUUGCAGAAUCAAACAAUCCAAUUAUUGAAGGAUCUGUAGCGCCUAUUGUUGAACCUAUUAUUGAAGAGCCUGAAGAAGUUAUCGAAUCUCCAAAGGAAGUAGAAAAGUCUGUUGAUGAAGGAAGUAACGGAUCAUCUGUUGAUAUAAACAAGUCUAAAAAGCGUUCCACAGAAGAAGAAUUAAAACCACUGAAACCCAAUAAAAUUGGGAAAUUUAUGCCAAAGGUGUCACUUGUAGAUGCUAUUAAAUCUGCCAAAGAACAAGCCAAUGAAUUGAUCAAACAGGAAUUAGGUAUUGUGGAUGAAUUGGAGCAAGAUUCAUUUGCAGAUAAUCUUUCUAAUCUCGCCAUAAUAGAGACUAUUGAAAUUAAAUUAAGAACUAAAGAACCAAAAGAGUACAAUUCAACCAUAAAUAAAGACUACAAUGGCCGUAAGAAUUUCAAAACGUUUAAAAAGAAUCAACAAUUGAAAAAUAAAGUUACUAGAUCAUUUGUGGAAAUGGAUACAAUCCCAGUAAAUGCAGAAAUAAGCUUUGUAAGUUUCAAGAAGUCUGAUUAUGAAGCAGCUGAACAAAGGUUAACUGAAGAUUUUGGUAAGGUAAUGCAAAGUGUUAAAAAUAUCGAUCCUGUUAAGAAUACACUCUUUAUUGAUGACGAUGAUGAUGAUGAAACUGGUUCCUUUUCAUUUAAACCCAAUAACAAUAAUAAGGAAAAGAGUGGUAGUUCAGCUAAUUCGCUAUUUGUAGAUGAAGAAUCCCAGAGUACUGCUCAACCAGUUCCCAAUAGAACAACAACUAGAUCAACUACUUAUCGAAACUAUUAUGAUGAUGAUGAUGACGACGAUGAUGACGAUGACCAACCUAGAUUUGGAUUCUCGAGAGCAAAUUAAAAUGUUAUAAAAUAUGUUAU